UGGACAAUGCACUGCCCUGGGCAACGCUACAGAUCUUUUCACCUUUUUUUUACGGAUCAAGUCUUUUCCGAAGACUUUAAGAGGCUCUCUGCUCCUUCCUAAAUAUUUGGCUGAGACUCAAUCUCUUUCCUCUGCAGCGUUAGUGCAGUACAAGGCUGCUUUGGAGACUGCUGCAUUGCUCAUGUCUCAUCCGUCUUUAGUUAUAUCUCUUUUUUCUAUAUCUUAGUUAUAUCUAUACCUAGACCUAUCUUUUCAGGAUAGUUUGAUGGACUCAACGCCGGAGCUGAAACCGUAACGGCUGCAAAGUCCAACAGAUGGAGAUUAGGCAUACAGAAAGGGGUGGAUGCCAAGGAAUGAAGAGGAGGGAGUGGAUGCAAUGGGCUGGGUGAGGAAUCCAAGACACCUGUAUGAUGUUACCUGCUAAAUAAUAUAGGACUAGGAGAGGCGGGCGUAGAGGAAACCAGAGACAAGUAGCAGAGCUUAUUGGAAUACAAGCCUGGAGGGGGGCAGUUCUGGGAUCACUGAGCCUUGGAGAAGACGUAAAGGUUAACUGUAGCCAUAUAUCGGAGUAAGCGGCGACUUUAUACACCGAAACGAAUGUAACGGAAGCAGGGAAUAUGGGAAUACUGAGAAGUAUCCACUGCGAGGCAUAACGCAAGACCGUUCACUACUCGGCCACGACUCGAAGGAAACAGCGAAGAUACAUGUAACGUCGGUAAUAAUUGAAUGUGCAGUGAACCGAGAGCUCAGCGCAAACCCGCCGCCUGAACAGCUGGAAAAAAAAAAAAUGGUGCAUAUUCCGGACGAUGCAGAUUUUAACUCCUUCCGGGAACAGUGCGAGAGUCCCGAAGGCUGGCAGUGCCAAUACAACAAGGGGGGAGUGACUGUAUGGAGCCAGGAGCAAGACACCAGUAAGGCGGUAAAGAAACUCAAGAUGCGUAUAAUCUGCAAAGACGUCUCGGCAGAGGUUCUCUAUGAUGUGCUCCAUGACACCAGCUACCGCAAAAAGUGGGAUUCUAACAUGAUCGACACCUACGACAUUGGAAGGCUCACAGUCAAUGCUGAUGUGGGGUACUACUCAUGGAGGUGUCCAAGUCCAUUAAAGAACAGAGAUUUUGUGACCCUGAGGUCCUGGCUGCCACUUGGCAAUGACUACAUGAUAAUCAAUUACUCUGUAAAACACCCGAAACAUCCUCCUCGAAAAGACUUUGUCCGAGCAGUUUCCUUGCAGACUGGAUACCUGGUUAAAACCAAUGGAGAGAAAAGCUGUGUCCUCUACUACCUUACACAGGUUGACCCAAAAGGAUCAUUACCAAAGUGGGUUGUGAAUAAAGUUUCACAGUUUGUGGCUCCAAAGGCAAUGAAAAAGAUCUACAAGGCCGGUUUGAAGUAUCCGGAAUGGAAGAGAAAGCACGACCCUCACUACAAGCCAUGGGUUUAUCCAGAACAGAACACUCUGCCGGCCGUUAAUCUGGAAGAACUGUCGAUCCAGCGGGCGGACGAGCUGGAGAACAUAGACGAGAGUGGAGUGUCUGAGGAGCGGAUGCAGCACAUCAGCGAUGAUGAAGAUGGCCUCUCCAAGGAUUCUUAGGCACUUUUACUAUUGAUUGAUAUUUGGAUGGUUUUCUAAUCCUUGUGUUCACCUACCACUUAUAGUUCGGUACUUACGAUUAACCCUUGAUGAUUUCCGGGUCCUGCUCUAACAUUUUCAUUCGCUUUUUCAAUCUAUCUUUAAAUAUUUUUACUAAAAGACUUUAAAGGUAAACCCAUCUUCUAUUCCCAAUUUGGAGAUCAUAUGACAUAUUUAUGAAAGAGUAGGCCUUGAUAUACCUAAAUAGAAAAACUAAAAGAACAGAGCGCUCCCCCAGUGUGGUAUCUUCCAAGUGCAAUAACAAUCCAAGCUCCGCCCAAUGAAUAUAAUGGACACUGCCUGCAAUUUGCAGGACUGGGAUAAUAAGGUUUUUAUUUUUAACAUAUGACUGGUUUCUAGCCCAAAUCGUCCACUUCAUCGGCCUAGAAAUGUGUUGUAUGUUAAAAAUAAAAAGCAUCCCUUAUAUCAUCACAGUCCUCUAAAUUGCUGGGAGCACCUGUUAUUUUCCUUUAGAGAAGUGUGGAGGACCUGGACUAAUUUGUAUAUGUUUUCCCAUAUAGGCGAGUUAGUGCCCCCUAUACACAGGAUAGGGAAUAACCUCCUGAUCAGUGUGGGUCUAAGUGCUGGGGUACAUAAACUAAUUAGUAAGCGCAAUUGAUUUGAGGCUGUACUUGUACUUCUGGGGAUCGGUGGGGGACCCAGCAGUCAGACCACCACCGAUCUGCCAAUUAUUCCGUAUUAUACCAUUGAUGUGGGGGGGGGGGGGGGGUGGAUAACUUGCUGAGAUGGGAAAACCUCUUUUUUUUUUUUUUGUUUAAGGAACACCACAUGCAAAACCUCUGGGCAUGCUGGGGUGGUUGUUUCGAAAUACCUGGAGGGGAGGUCCAUAGUUUGGACACCACUAAUGUAAAGCAUUGAUUAUCAUACAGUGAUUCAAAGAUAGUGUUUUUUUUUUUAUAAUAUAGAUAUAAAUGACAGUAGGGUUAUAUUUCUCUUAAAGUAAUUUGAUAAAUACUGAAUUCACUUUAAGUAAUCUCUCUUCUGUAAAAUGCCGGUGUGAUCUAACCUAAUAUUUAUUUAAGAGAUAAAAGUGUGCUUAUAAUAUAUUCUAUUUUUUCUUGAGCAAUAAAACUGUG